AAAAACUUGUAUCAACAAUAAUUCCAAAUUAAAGAAGUUGUGUCUAAAUAAUUUGCUUUGACAAUCAAAAAGGGUAAGAAUGAACUAGCACACUAUAAACAAUACGAUGGUCCAACUACUAUUUUCAGGAGCGUUGAGACAGAAAAAAUCCACAAUCUUAUGUAUAAUUAAAUUUAAAACCACUCCACUCUUCAAUUAAACACUUAAUUAAAGUAAACCUCCUCGAGCAGGUUAACCACCUAACCCACUUUCAAUCCCCACUCUCUCUACUCAACGCGUGAAUAAACUCAUUCCAUAAUCUUCAUUUUAACUGAAUAUUCGUGAAUCAAACGCGCUAAUCAAAGAACGUGUGUCAACUAAUAACAAAAAAAAAAAAAGAAAUUCACAACCGACCGGAGAUCUAAGAAGAGAAUCCUUGUCUUCUUUCAUCGCCUCCAAAGUACUUCACGUCUCUCUCUUCUUCUCCUCUCCGGCAAACCGAGAUCUCAAAAAUCUCCGGGACUCUUCAAGAUCCAACGUAUGAGCUCAUCUCUGAUUUCUUGAUAACCGAUGGGAGCAGAGAAGAAAUAUCUAUUCACACUCUUCUCCGUAGUAUUCAUCUCCGUCUUCCUCCUCCUCUUACUCUACUCCCUCUCCGCCUUCACCUCCUCCACCAAUAACCCUUUCCCUUCCCCUCUCCGUCACGGCCCUCACUACCCUCCUUCCUUCGCUUACUACAUAACCGGCGGUCGUGGAGACAAAGACCGGAUCUUCCGGUUAUUGUUAGCGGUUUACCACCCGAGGAACCGGUAUCUUCUUCAUUUGGGAGCUGAUGCUACUGAAGCAGAGAGGGUGGGGCUUCUCUCGGAGGUGAAGUCUGUUCCUGCUGUGAGUGCUUUCGGGAACGUUGAUGUGUUGGGGAGAGUUGAUCGUUUGUCUGAGAAUGGUGCUUCUAAGACGGCGAAUACGUUACACGCUGUGUCGGUUUUGUUGAAGCUUGGUGGGUCUUGGAGUUGGUUUAUUGAGCUUAGUGCUUUGGAUUAUCCUCUUAUUACUCAAGACGACCUGUCUCAUGUGUUUGCAUCGGUGAAUAGAAGCGUUAAUUUUAUUGAUCAUACUAGUGACCUUGCUUGGAAAGAGUCUCAGAGAAUCAAGCCUAUUGUUGUUGAUCCAGCUCUUUACUUAGCUAGAAGAACACAGCUCUUCACUGCUACUGAGAAACGACCAGCACCUGAUGCUUUCAAAGUCUUUACAGGCUCGCCGUGGACUGUACUUAGCAGAUCUUUUCUUGAAUACUGCAUCUUCGGUUGGGAGAAUCUACCAAGAAUCCUUCUCAUGUAUUUCAACAACGUAAUCCUCUCUGAAGAAUGCUACUUCCACACGGUGAUCUGCAACGCCCCUGAGUUCAGUAACACCACGGUCAACGGAGACUUACGUUACAUGAUAUGGGACAGUCCUCCCAAGAUGGAGCCACACUUCCUUAGCGUCUCCGACUUUGAUCAGAUGGCUCAGAGCGGAGCAGCUUUCGCUAGGCAGUUCAAGAAAGAUGAUCCGGUUCUUGAUAUGGUUGAUAGAGAGAUUUUGAAACGUGGGCGUUACAGAGUCACUCCUGGAGCUUGGUGCGCGAGUCACGGUAGCUGGUGGAACGAUCCUUGCUCGGAGUGGGAUGAUGUUAACGUGGUUAAAGCUGGACCUCAGGCUAAGAAGCUGGAUGAGACGAUAACUAAUUUUCUUGAUGAGUUGAAUUCACAAACUAAUCAGUGCAAGUGAAAGUUAGAAGGGUGGGGAAGCAUUAUACACGGGACACGACACGAGAUUACAUUUGUUUUUGUGUCUGUAAGGUUCAUUCUUUGGGUAAUAGUGGCGCUGUAUUUAUACGAGAAGAGAUGAGAAAGGAGAGAUUUUGUGUGUUCUCUUCUCCCAGAUUUUGUAGUUCUGACCAGAACCACGGUUUCAAUAUUCGAUGAACUUAUAUUAUUGUUGUAUCCUAAUUAAAAAAGAAGAGGUUUGAG